AAAAAUACUAAUUUAGAAAAACUUAUGUCAGAUAAGCCAUAUUUAGAAACAGAGGAUAUAGCAGAAUCUAUUAUUUAUAUUUUGGGCACACAUCCUCGGGUACAAGUUAAAGAAUUAACAAUUUCAGCUCUUGGCCUAAUAAGUUACAUUCACGACUUUAAAAUUAAUAAUAUUACUAAUUAAAAAUUAAGAAAGAGGGAGAAUUUUUUAAUUAAUUAACAAGUUAUUAAAGUUUUUUUAUUUAUUAACAAAAAAAUGAAUCGUUGGGAGGGAAAAGUUGCUCUCGUUACUGGUGCUUCAUCUGGUAUUGGAUUAACAGUUGCCAAGACUUUAUUUAAACAUGGAAUGAUUACUGUCGCAAUAGCAAGAGGAAAAGAAAAAAUAGAGAAUGAGAUGAAAAAUAUUAAAGGAAAGGGAAAAUUUUACGCAAUGAAAUGUGAUGUUUCGAAAGAAGAAGAUGUCCUUCAAGUUUUCGAGUGGAUAAGAAAAAAUUUAGGCAAUAUCCAUGUGGUUAUUAAUAAUGCUGGUAUUACAGUUAAAGGAAAAAUAAUAGAAACAAAUAAUGAAGUUUGGGAGAAAGUUAUUGGCGUUAACUUAUUGGGAGUAUUAUAUUGUUGUAAAAAGGCAAUAAAAAUGAUGAAAGAAUUUGGUGAAGAAGGUCACAUAAUAAAUAUUAACAGUAUUGCUGGACACAGGGUAGUACGAAUUAAUAAUUGGAAUUCAAAUGUUUAUACUGGAACAAAAUCGGCAAUAACUGCAUUAACAACAACUUUAGAACUAGAAUUAAUUGGAAGUAAAAUAAGAAUGACGAGUAUUAGUCCAGGUUUUGUAAAAACAAAUUUGGUAAAUCAAGAAACUGGUGGUUUUCAAAAUGCUCCCUAUAUUGAGCCUCAAGAUAUUGCAGAAUCAAUUCUUUAUAUUUUGGGUACCCACCCACGUGUUCAAAUAACAGAAAUGACAAUUAAACCUCUUGGUGAAAGAUUUUAAUUUCUUUAAAAAUGUCAUAUUUAGAAUUAUUUCGAAUUUUUAUAAAUUAAAAUUUGAAAAUAAUAUUAAAGAAAAGAAAAAUUAUCAAGACUAUAA